UUUUAUUACUACUAGUCCCGAAAAAUUAAAAAUUUAUACCGAGUGUGUAAUGAGCUAAGAAGUUGAGAAAAUUAUCUUCAAAUCGGAUUUCUUUCCUUAUUAAUUUCUCAAAUUUCCAGCUUUAUCCCCUUCAAAAAUCACAAAAAUCACAAAAAUCACAAAAAUCAUUUUUUUUUCUGCUCUAAGAACCCUUUAGAGAAUUGAUUUUUUAUUUCCUUUCUAGAAUUUUUCGAUUUUUUUAGUGAAUUUGUAACAAUUAAGUUCAUCGUUUGUAUUUGUAUAUAAAUAUGAGUAAUUUGUUGUGUAGUAAAAUAAUCGUCUCUGCUUCAGUUCGUUAAGAUCUGCUUCCAAGCAGAAAAAUGGUGGGGUGUUUUUCUUGCUUUGUUUCCCGGAAAAAGAUUGUGAAGAUCGAAGAUACUGAUCGGGCUCGAUCUGCUUCUCUUGGUUCAGUGGAUAGGCAGAGAAAAGAUAGUUUGGAUGUGAUUGAGAAUGGUAGUGGUGAUGCUAACAAGGCUGCUCGGACAAAAAGUCCGGCGAAAGCCUUCACUUAUCGUGAACUUUGUAUCGCCACUGGAAUGUUUAAUGCUGCUAAUAACAUUGGUGAAGGUGGUUUUGGGAAGGUUUUCAAGGGAAGGUUGGAGACUGGGGAGAUUGUUGCAAUCAAACAAUUAAAUCAUGAAGGAGUUCAAGGGAGUCAGGAAUUUAUUAUCGAAGUUCUCAUGCUUAGCCUUCUUCACCACCCCAAUCUUAUGGGCUUAAAAGGCUAUUGUACUGAUGGUGAUGAAAAACUCUUAAUUUACGAGUACAUGCCUCAGGGUAGCUUGGAGGACCACUUAUUUGACUUGGGCCCUGAUCAGGUUCCCUUGGAUUGGAACACACGCAUGAAAAUUGCUGUUGAUACAGCAAGGGGUCUGGAGUAUCUCCAUUGCAAAGCCAAUCCACCUGUUAUCUUCCGGGAUUUGAAACCUGCGAAUAUAUUACUGGAUAAUGACUUCAAUGCCAGACUGUCUGACUUUGGGCUGGCCAAGUUGGGACCUGUUGGUGACAAGACCCAUGUCUCUACUCGUGUGAUGGGAACAUAUGGAUACUGUGCACCUGAAUAUGCCUUGAGUGGUAAACUGACUGUAAAAUCUGAUAUCUUUAGCUUGGGUGUUGUUUUAUUGGAAAUCCUCACUGGGCGCAAGGCAAUUGACCCAAGUAGGAGUCGUGCAGAGCAAAACUUAGUUACUUGGGCACGGCCUAUCUUCAGGGAGCGGAAGAAAUUUGACAUGCUGCCUGACCCAGCAAUGAAGGGUGGAUUUUCUACUCGAUGUCUUCAUCAUGCGAUUGCAAUAGCUGCCAUGUGUCUCCAGGAGGAACCCAUGUACCGACCCCUCAUCAGUGAUGUAGUUGUAGCGCUUGAAUAUGUGGCUUCACAACCUUACAAUCCCGAAGCUUCUGCACACCGUAGCCCAACCCAGCCUUCACCUUCACAUCGUGAUCGAAGCAGAUACUAGAAUAAGUAAAACAAGUCACAACAUCCUAUCUAAACAUAAUUGUACAAAGUGGUGAGAGUGAAAACAAGUUUGUUUGAGUUAUAUUAUAUAUGGUUGGUAUUUUUUAGGUCAGAGAGAAUAAGGUGGUAUUUCAGUUUGUGAAUAGAAGACUUAUAUUGGGUUGCUGUGAUUUGUUCGAGGAUACAAUUGUUUCAGUGUCGUGGUCGGCUUGGUAGCUUUUCAGAUGCUGUUUGUUGUAGUUGAGUAGGUUGUUUCAAAUGAGAGUGACAUAGAGACAGAGAGGGAGAUGUAGGUUUUGCACAGUUAGUUGAAGAAGCUGCUAAAGCUUGUUCCUUUUAGCUCUUAGCAUGAAAUGGAACAAUUGUUCUGUUUUGGUCCUUUGGGAAUUUCAAUUCCUUUUUCCUUUUUUUUGGUGGGGAUAUCCAUCGAUGCUCGUAAGUUUUAUCAUACAGCCGGGUGCAGCUAUAGGAAGGUACACUCAAGGCUGUUUUGAGUGGUGCCUGUAUGACACAAGUUGUAGACCGCUUUGCGUGGAGGUGGCUUACACUCUUGGCCGGGAGUGCCAUAAACAUGCUCGAUAUUGUAGAUUGGCCAACUGCGCGGUGUACUGUUUUACAGAUUGCUCAAGUUCUCGUCUUCAUCUUUUCUGUUUGUUGAUGGCAAUUCUUUCUUAAGAUGAAAUUUCACAACGAUUUAUUGUGAGAUUGAGGGUGAUUAUUUCUCAUUCUAGGCAUACAUUUUUCCAUUUCUUAAUACUUGAACAUUUCACAAUUUCUUAUAUAGGACAAGUUAAGUAUUCUGGCUCAA